GUAACACCAUAAAUACCCCCGUCAGGUGCAAAGAGCCUUUUAUGCAAGUGCCACUGGUGGAAUACAUGUGUGUAUGGGAACUAAAAGAUGAAGGUCUUACUGUACGUGUUUUUCAUCUUGUUUGUUACUAAUGAGGCGACUGGGCAGACACAAGACUCCUGUAAUGGAGUUGAUGACUUUAACCAUUGUCUGAAUAUUGGGGCGUUCUGUGAUCAGAAAAUAAGCAAAUGUACCUGUUUCGAGGAACAACCAUUCUGUCGGUGCAACAGUCAAAAAGGUGAGUUUUACAUUAAUGAAGACUGCUCUCAGAAAUGGACAGUAGUGACCUUUGCCCUGGUGGCAUCUCUGCCUGGUCUCUCGCUCGCUGUGUUGGUCGGGGUGGUUGUUUAUGUGAUGAUGUUGCCAUCAAACAAGAGCCACACAGGUGAAGGAAUGAAGACACCCAAGACGGCCUCUAAAGAGCAGAACAUGUUUCCUGGUGUUGCUUUUGCUUCUGAUAUGAAUGGUCGGCCUCCCCCUAACACGAGACCUCAUAUUCCCAUGACAGCCAUGCCUAACCACCCUCCAUCCAGUGGUGUGCGCCCAUCUGUUGGCAGCGUGUCUGAUGGACGACCUCGUGAGCCAAACAGCAUGUUCACUGGGAUGCGUGACCCUCCCAUGGGAGGUCCUGUGCAGCCCUACAGCAAUGGCGCAGUUCGGGGUCAGAUUGUUGGCAACCCUUAUGCUAGAGAUUCCCCCAGCCGAAAGCCCUAUGAAGACCACAGCCCUUCUGCAGACCACCGCAGUGAUUACAGAUCACGUGCCCCUUCACACACAUAUGAUAACCUGAAACACAACCAGCCCUAUUCUCCUGCUCCACCAUUUGGUUCCUCUGAGCAUGGGAACCUUCACAAUGGAUUUCCACGACCACAAUUAAGUCUGCAAUACUAGAUUUAAAAUAUAUAUAUAUUUUUUCAGUUAGAACGGAAAUUUUUUUUUUAGGCUUUGGAUCAAAAGAAGAAACAAUAGUUAUGCAAUAAAGACUUGGCCAGGAUGUUGAAGGGGAAUGACAUGUAAUGAGGAAUUUACGGAAAACAACUUUAUUAUUUCCCGCUUUAAAACUGAUCUCUAUUAUCAGCUGUAAAUAUGUUUAUACUGGGCAAUUUAAAUAGUAAUAUUAAAUAAAACUUGCAAUUCUG